AUGGACCAAGUAAAUGACUCUGUGGUAACUGGAUUUGUGUUACUAGGACUUGCUCAAUCCUUGGAAAUGCAGUUUUUUCUUUUCCUCUUUUUCUCUUUAUUUUAUAUGGGAAUUAUUCUAGGAAAUCUCUACAUUGUGUUCACAGUGAUUUUUGAUUAUCACUUCCACUCUCCCAUGUAUGUUCUUCUGGCCAACUUAUCAAUCAUUGACUUGGGCCUUUCAUCUACCACAGUCCCUAGAAUCAUCUUUGAUCUUUUCACUGAAUAUAAAGUAAUUUCCUUCCACAGCUGCAUGACACAGAUUUUCUUUAUCCACGUUAUGGGAGGAGUUGAAAUGGUUUUACUCAUAGUAAUGGCAUAUGACAGGUAUACAGCCAUCUGUAAGCCUCUCCACUAUCUAACUAUUAUGAAUAAUAAAAUGUGCAUGCUUUUGGUAAUCUCUGCAUGGAUCAUUGGGGUGAUUCAUGCUAUAUUUCAGUUUGUCUUUGUCAUAAAUUUACCUUUCUGUGGCCCCAAUAAUGUAGGGAGCUUUUAUUGUGAUUUUCCUAGGGUUAUUAAACUUGCAUGCAUGAACACAUAUAGACUAGAAUUCAUAGUCACUGCCAACAGUGGCUUUAUAUCAAUGGGCACCUUCUUUUUUUUAAUUAUGUCCUACAUCUUUAUUCUGAUCACUAUCCGGCAACAUUCUUCCAAAGAUUUAUCAAAAGCAUUUCUAACUUUGUCAGCUCACAUCACUGUAGUGGUUUUAUUCUUUGCUCCAUGCAUGUUUCUUUAUGUGUGGCCUUUUCCGACUAAGUCACUGGAUAAAUUUUUUGCCAUUGUAGACUUUGUUGUCACCCCUGUCUUAAAUCCUGUCAUAUAUACUUUAAGGAAUAAAGAUAUGAAGUUGGCAAUGAGAAGGCUGAGUUCACGGGUUAUAAAUUCUAGGGAAGUGACUAAGUAG